AUGAUGAUCAGCUCAAUUAUCUUCAUCAUUUCUGCUUCCUUGUGGACUUGCCAUGAUGCUGCAAGUGACACACUCAAACCAGGGGACACUCUCAAUUCCUCAAGUUCCUUAGUAUCUGCAUCGGGAAAGUUCAGUUUGUAUUUCUAUGUAUAUAAUGAUGGUUCCAACAACAACAGCUAUCUAGCUAUCCUGAACAAAGAAGCUCCAAACAAUGUAUGGAUUGGCAACCGAGACACACCUAUUGUAUACCCUUCAUCCGCAGUUCUGACCUUGGACUGGAAUAAUACAUUGAAACUCACUCACCAAGGUGGAGACCCUAUUGUCAUUUCCUCUGCUCCACAAACUAGUAAUAUUAGUACUAGUGUUGUGGCUACCCUUUUGGAUUCUGGCAAUUUUAUACUGCAAGAAGUGAACUCUACGGAUGGAUCGACAAAGCAGGUUUGGUGGCAAAGUUUUGACUAUCCAUUUGACACAUUUUUACCUGGCAUGAAGUUAGGUAUUAAUCAUAAGAGUGGCCAUCUUUGGUCGAUGUCAUCAUGGGCUACUUACAACAACCCAAUGCCAGGGCCAUUCACUCUUGAUUGGGAUCCCAAUGUACACCAAUUGCAAAUCAGGCUACAGGGGGUGCUUUAUUGGACUAGUGGAGUCUUUACACGCAGUAGUAAAACGUUCGAAUUUAUUUCGGCUGAGGUGUCCAAGCUGAGGUAUAAUUUUAGUGUAGUUUCAAAUGAGAAUGAAGACUACUUCACUUACACUGCUGUAGAUCAUGAUCAAAGUGAUCAGGAACCACAAUGGGUGCUAACCUUUAUGGGGAGAUUUCAUGAUGGAUCCUUUAAUUUCACACAAGCAGAGAACUGUGAUGGCUAUAACACAGGUGGAGGGUGUGUGAGAAGGGAUCGGCCAAGUGAUUGCAUGGCCAAAUUCGAUGAUGAAUUUGAGCUCAAAAAUGGUUACUUCAAGAUCAACAACUCUAGUAAUAGUUCGAGAUCCCCAUCCUGGUUUAGCACUAGUAGUAGUGAUUGUAAGGCUACCUGUUGGCAAAAUUGUGAUUGCCUUGGAUUUGACAUUCCACUUGCUAAUGGGACUAGCACCGGGUGCCGAUUUUGGAGUGUAGACUGUCAAUUCUUUGAAGACCUCACUGCAAGUAACAGUUUUGUCUUGUCAGGACAUGCAACACCAGCAAAACCACCAUCUGCCAAAAAAAAUGGACAUAAGUGGUUGUGGGUUGGCAUUGCCAUUGCUGCUGCAGUACUUGUAGUGGUGUUCUGCAUCUAUCUUCUAAGAAGAAGAACAGUUUCAGGCAAGAACAGAGCAAAUAUACAGAACAAAAUGCUUAGCUUCAUGAAACAUUCCAACAGACCUACUGAUGAAGCAAAUAUGGGACAGCAUGAUUUAAACAUAUUUACCUAUGAAUCUGUCUUGGCUGCCACUUGCAACUUCUCUCAAGAAAACAAGCUCGGAAAAGGGGGCUUUGGACCUGUUUAUAAGGGAAAAUUAGCGAAUGGACAAGAAAUAGCCGUGAAGAGGCUUUCAAAAUGUUCCGGACAAGGAACGUCAGAGUUUAAGAAUGAAUUGAUACUCAUACAUGAACUUCGACAUAGAAACCUUGUUCAGCUCUUUGUUUGCAUUCAUGAAGAAGAGAGGAUGUUGAUAUACGAGUACAUGCCAAACAAAAGCUUGGACUACUUUUUAUUUGAUUCAAUCAGAGGUGUGCUACUAGAUUGGAAGAAGCGUUUCAAUAUAAUUGAAGGAAUCGCUCAGGGAUUGCUUUACUUGCACAAGUACUCAAGAACGCGAGUAAUUCAUAGAGAUUUAAAAGCUAGUAACAUACUACUUGAUGAAAAUAUGAACCCUAAAAUUUCCGAUUUCGGUAUGGCAAGAAUUUUCUCCCACGAUGAAUUGGAAGAAAACACCAGCAGGAUUGUCGGGACAUGUGGUUACAUGCCUCCUGAGUCCGUGGAGGGAAUUGUUUCUGUAAAAUCUGAUGUCUACAGCUUUGGGGUGUUGAUGCUUGAAAUCAUAAGCGGGAGGAAAAACAACAGCUUCUACAAUGAUGACCGCGCACUCAAUUUAGUAGGAUAUGCAUGGGAGUUAUGGAAACAAGGUUCAGGGCUAGAAUUAAUGGAUCAAAUGGUAGGUGAUUCAUCAUGUAUUGAAGAUCAAUUGUUAAGAUGCAUCCACAUUGGUCUGUUAUGUGUAGAGGAAGAUGCAGCCGAUCGGCCUACCAUGUCAGAUGUGAUUUCUAUGUUGACAAAUGAAAACCCACCAUUAGCCUUACCUACAAAGCCAGCAUUUUUUGUUGGGAGGAAAUUGGUGGAAGCUGUGAAAGUAGGGCCUGACUUGUCGACAUCCAUGGCUUCGGGUUUGAUGAUGAUGAGCUCAAUUUUCUUCAUCAUUUUUGCUUCCUUGUGGACUUGUCAUGACGCUGCAAGUGACACACUCAAGCCAGGGGACACUCUCAAUUCCUCAAGCUCCUUAGUCUCUGCAUCAGGCAAGUUCAUCUUACGUUUCGUUGUACAAAAUAUCGACGGUUCGAACACCAGCUAUCUAGGGAUCCUGCGCAAUAAACCAGGAGCAAACAAAGCAUGGAUUGGCAACAGAAACACACCUAUUCCAUACCCUUCCUCCCCACUUCUCAUCUUGGACUUGAACAACGCAUUGAAAAUUACAUACCCAGGCGGAGACCCUAUUGUCAUUUCCUCUGCUCCACAAACUAGUGUUGUUGUGGCUACCCUUUUGGAUUCUGGCAACUUUGUACUACAAGAAGUGAACUCUGUCAACAAAUCGACCAGUGGGGUUUUAUGGCAGAGUUUUGAUUAUCCAACAGACACAUUUUUACCAGGCAUGAAAUUGGGGGUUGACCACAGAAAUGGGCACAAUUGGUCACUUUUGUCUUGGGCAACAAGCUACAACCCAGCGCCGGGGCCUUUGAGCCUUGAUUGGGACCCCAAUGGACACCAAUUGAGAAUCAAGCAAGCUGGGGUGGUUUAUUGGUCCAGCGGCAUCUUCGGAGAUGGAAGAUUUGAAUUUAUUUUUCCUGAUGUGUCAAAGCAGAGGUACAAUUUUAGCGUUGUUUCAAAUGAAAAUGAAGACUACCUCACCUACACUGCUGUAGGUGAUCCAAGUGAUCCUGAGCCAGAAUGGGUGCUAUACAGCAGAGGGACACUUUUUGAGUAUGGAACACAAGUUGCUAUUACAAAAGCGCUGAACUGUGAUGGCUACAACACAGAUGGAGGGUGCGUGAGAAGGGACCGGCCAAGCAGUUGUACAGCGAAAUUCGGUGAUGAAUUUGAGCAAAAAAAUGGUUACUUCAAGAUCAACAACUCUAGUAAUACUUCAAGAUCCCCCAACUGGUUUAAUGCUAGUAGUAGUGACUGUAAGGUUACUUGUUGGCAAAAUUGUGACUGUCUUGGAUUUGACCUUCCACUUGCUAAUCAGAGUCAGACUAGUACCGGCUGCGAAUUUUGGAGUGUAGACUCUCAGUUCUUCGAAGACCUCAAUUCAAGUAGCAGGUUUGUUUUGUCAGGACUAGCAACGCCAGCGAAACCACCACCGCCUGCCCAAAAAAAUGGUAAGUCUAGCUGCCAAAAUUUGAUACCUAAAUGGCUGUGGAUUGGCAUUGCUAUUGCGGCUGCUGUCCUUGUAAUGGUGUUCUGCAUCUUGGGUUACCUGCUAAGAAGAAGAAUCUGCUCAGGCAAGAACAGAGCAAUGAUACAGAACAAAUUGCCUAGCUUCAUGAAAUCCAAUAGAUCUGCUUAUGAUCCUGUUAAUGAGCUUCAAAACGAUCAUGGAAACAUGGGAAAACAUGAUUUAAGCGUGUUUACCUAUGAAUCUGUUUUGGCUGCCACUUCCAACUUCUCUCAAGAAAACAAGCUCGGAGAAGGUGGAUUUGGACCUGUUUAUAAGGGAAAAUUGGCGAAGGGGCAAGAAAUAGCGGUGAAGAGACUUUCAAAACGUUCCGGACAAGGAACGUCAGAGUUUAAGAACGAAUUGAUACUCAUACAUGAACUUCAACAUACAAACCUUGUUCAGCUCUUUGGAUUUUGCAUUCAUGAAGAAGAGAGGAUGUUGAUAUAUGAGUACUUGCCAAACAAAAGCUUGGACUACUUUUUAUAUGAUUCAAUCAGAGGUGUGCUACUAGAUUGGAAGAAGCGUUUCAAUAUAAUUGAAGGAAUCACUCAGGGAUUGCUUUACUUGCACAAAUACUCAAGAACUCGAGUAAUUCAUAGAGAUUUAAAAGCUAGUAACAUACUACUUGACGAAAAUAUGAACCCGAAGAUUUCCGAUUUCGGUAUGGCAAGGAUUUUCACCCACAAUGCAUUGGAAGAAAAUACCAGUAGGAUUGUCGGGACACGGGGUUACAUGGCUCCUGAGACCAUUGAAGGCAUUGUUUCUGUAAAAUCGGAUGUAUACAGCUUUGGGGUGUUAGUGCUUGAAAUCAUAAGUGGCAGGAAAAACAAUAGCUUUUACAAUGAUGAUCGUAUACUCAAUUUAGUAGGAUAUGCAUGGGAGUUAUGGAAAGAAAAUGCAGGGUUAGAACUAAUGGAUCCCACUCUAAGCGAUUCAUGUAUCGGGAAUCAAUUGCUAAGAUGCAUCCACGUUGGUCUACUAUGCGUGGAGGAAAAUGCAGCUGACCGACCUACCAUGUCCGAUGUCAUAUCUAUGUUGACAAAUGAAAGCAUGCAGUUGCCUAAACCAACAAAACCAGCAUAUUACACAGAAGGAAAUACAGACACUGCUGGUAUGGGUAGAAAGGGACUGCAAAAUGGAUCAAUAAAUGGUUUGUCCAAUUCAGAUUUUGGUGCACGAUGAAGGAAUCAAUCAUGUUUUCGUGGCUGUAAAAGUGUGAUAGUACUUUAUGUGGAACUGUUAUUUUUGUGAAACCCAGUCAAUCUGCUAUAUAUAUUGAA